AUGUCCACUGCUGCAAGUUUUGUCACAGUCAGAGGACAAGCAAUUUCUUUAGAGACCCAAACAGAGUCCUUAUUAUCCAAGUAUUCUACUUAUGCGCAAACUACAAGUUCAGAACCAGGUUUACAAGAAAAAAAGAUUGAUAACCAAAUUGAAACAAUAUUACAAAGAAGACAAGAAAUAAUUGAUUCUUUAAACAAGAUAGCUAAUGAUAAUAACUUAUCUGCUACAAAAUUGACACAAUUACAAAGACAUAAAGAAGUUUUAAAUGUCCAUUGGAGAAAUUUUCAAAAUAUUAGAUCUUCUAUUCAACAAGAACGUAAUAGAUUAAACCUUUUAUUUAGUGUAAAGAAUGAUAUUGCUCAAGAUAACUCAAUCUCUUCAACAACAAAUGACAUUGGUGAUGCAGACGAAUAUAUUCAAAAUGAAUCCAGAAGAAUUGAUCAAUCUCAUAAUAUCUUGGAUAAAUUAAUUACGCAAGCAUGGGAGACUAGAGAACAAUUUUCUUCUCAAAGUUUAAUGUUGCAUAAUGCUAAUAAUAGAGUACUUGGCACUUUGCAAAGAAUUCCAGGAAUAAACCAAAUAAUCACAAGAAUAGGUACAAGAAGAAGAAAAAACACAAUUAUAUUAGCAUCAAUCACCACAAUAUGUAUAUUGAUAUUAUUUUUCACUUGGUAA